AUGACACGGACGACGUUUCAAAAUCUUUUAGAAAGAAUUGGUCCCUUGCUUGUUAGGAAGAAUAUUGGACCAAGUGUUGUUCCUCCUGAAAAGCAAGUUUGCAUUGCUCUCUGGACAUUCUGCAAUCAAGGAGUGUACAGAACAGUAGCUGAUCGCUUUGGAGUGUGCAAAGAUACUGCGUGGAAUUGUAUGCUUAGCGUCAGUCAUGUUCUCAACGCAUUGUCAGGAGAGUAUAUUAAGUGGCCCGAAGCGAAUAAUUUUCACCAAGUAGCGAGAGAUUUCAGCAAUGCUGGUGGCUUUCCUAAUGUUCUUGCUGCAGUGGAUGGUUGUCACGUAGAGAUCAGGGCUCCAUCCACUAAUCCUGGAAGUUACGUCAAUCGCAAAGGGUUCCACUCACUCCUUCUUCAAGGGAUGUGUGACAGUCAAGGAAGAUUCCUUGAUGUUUUCGCAGGCGUUUGUGGUAGUGUCCAUGAUAACCGUCUCUUUGAAAUGAGCCCUAUGGGGCAGCAAUUGAUAACAGCAUCAGAAAAUUUUUGUCCCGAAGAGAUGCAUAUUCUUGGAGAUGCUGCAUAUAAAUUGCAACCGUUUCUCAUGGUACCCUUCAAAGAUAACGGCCAUUUAACUCCAUCUCAGGUUCGGUUUAAUACCAUUCUAUCAAAAACAAGAAUGAGUAUAGAGCGGGCAUUCGGAUUAUUGAAAGGUCGUUUUAGACGAUUAUUCUAUUUGUAUUUACAAAACGUCGCAUACGGACCAUUAAUUAUCAUUGCCUGUUGCGUUCUUCAUAAUAUCUGCUUGGACUUGGAAGAUGACAUGAAUGAAGAAAUACUGCAUGAAAUAAAUAAUCAUGUUGCUCAAAUUAUUCUUAAUGAUGUAGAUGAAGAAAAUGGAGUAAUUAAUCCACCUGCUGUUCAAAAAAGAACGAAUAUCAUGAAUAUGCUUGAGCAAGAAAGAAUUGAUAACUCUUAA